AUCAGUGUCAUCUCAGCUGAAGGAAAACAAGGGAUAUGAUGGCUUCAGUCUGGGUUGGACACCGAGGGACAAUAAAAGAUUAUCCAGGGUUUAGCGCAUCAGUGGAUGCUGAAGCUCUCCGGAAGGCAAUCAGAGGAAUUGGAACCGAUGAGCAAGCGCUCGUCAGCAUUCUGACCGAGAGGUCGAGCGCGCAGCGGCAGCUGAUUGCGAAGGAGUAUCAGGCGGCCUUCGAGAAGGAGCUGAAAGACGACUUGAAAGGUGAUCUCUCGGGCCACUUUGAACAUCUCAUGGUGGCUCUUGUGACUUCCCCAGCGGUGUUCGAUGCGAAGCAGCUGAAGAAGUCCAUGAAGGGCACUGGAACAGAUGAAGAUGCCUUGAUUGAAAUCUUAACUACCAGGACAAGCAGGCAAAUGAAGGAGGUCUCGCAAGCCUAUUACACAAUUUAUAAGAAGAGUCUUGGAGAUGCCAUUAGUUCUGAAACAUCUGGUGACUUCCGGAAGGCUCUGUUGACUUUGGCAGAUGGUAGAAGAGAUGAAAGUCUGAAAGUGGAUGAACAUCUGGCCAAAAAAGAUGCUCAGAUUCUCUACAAUGCUGGCGAGAACAAAUGGGGCACAGACGAAGAUAAAUUCACCGAGAUCCUGUGCUUACGGAGCUUUCCGCAGCUGAGGCUAACAUUUGAUGAAUACAGAAAUAUUAGCCAGAAGGACAUUGAGGACAGCAUUAAAGGAGAAUUAUCUGGGCAUUUUGAAGACUUACUGCUGGCCAUAGUUCACUGUGUGAGGAACACGCCUGCCUUUCUAGCUGAGAGACUGCACCGCGCUUUGAAGGGUGCUGGAACGGAUGAGUUCACUCUAAACCGAAUCAUGGUUUCCAGAUCGGAAAUUGACCUUCUGGACAUUCGCUAUGAGUUCAAGAAGCACUAUGGCUAUUCCCUGUAUUCAGCCGUUAAAUCAGAUACUUCUGGAGACUAUGAAAACGCACUCCUGAAGAUCUGCGGAGGAGACGACUGAGUCAGGAUCAUUCCCAAGCUCAGCUGCUCCCACAGAGGCCUUUUCCUACGAUAUUUAAAGUACAACAAGUGUAAAACAGCAACUUCUUUGCCUCACAGUAAUUGUCUUUGUUCCACAGCAGCAACAAAAACAAAAGUAAUUAUUUUAGAGCAACUCAUUCAUGAUGUAGUAGAUUAUAAAUGAAAUUUUAAAUGGUAUUAAGAAUUUGCAAAUAUUUCUGCUUCAGAAGUAACAAUCUAAAUCAUUAAAUAUAAAACAAAGUAAUAAAAAUUGUUGCUUUUAUUACAUAA